UCCAGUGACUUGUAGGGUUGGCAUGCAGAUCCUCGUUCCAGCUACACCAAUGAAGAUGUCCGCUGUCAAGUUUGGGCCGCGGUCCAUCGGCUUUUUCUUCCUCUUACAAUUGAACUGAUUGCUCUGCUGGUCUAAGACAGCAGGGGAGAACUGCCAUUGUGUGGUCUUGGAGGGAAGGGCUCCUGUUGGACAGUGCCAGAACAUCACAAAUGUGGACGUUCUUUUCCCAGGCUGAAGUGGGAACCUCUGGCUCCUUCACAGCUGAAGAGUGGGCCGAACACAUUCGUUGUUUUGUUUCAGAACUCGCUGGAAGAAGGACAGAAAACAAUCGCAACAGUUCGAUAAGAAGAAAGUGGGUCUGGGAUCUCGAAAUUCCUCUGGAUUUAUUACACUUCCUGCUGUAACCCAUCUGUUUAUUUGUGUGUGUGAGAGAGAAAGUUAGCGGGGUUUUGUGUCAGCCUGAGAGUUGGUGUGUGUGAGAGAGAGAGAGAAAGAGAGAGAGAGAGGGGAGGGAGCCCUGUCCGCUCCAGGCAGCGGGUGGAGACUCAGAACACUGCAGCAAGUCCCUCAAGGCUGGAACACACUGACUUGGCUUUUCUUCAUCAGCCCUCGCGCACAGCAAAGGAGAAUAAAGAGAGAGAGAGAGAGAAGUGCCGGUAAGAAAAGACUGGAACACUACCGAGCAGCGGGCUUCAGCCAGCCGGCCGGGGUCUCUGAAGAGCUCUAACCAGACCGGGAGCCGGUCAGGGCUCGCCUCGCUCCUCUCUGCUGUCUGUCCGUCUCCUGGAUCUGGAGAAGCAGGUGGCGGGGGCGUGAGGGGAGGUCGGGAGGCUCUGCCGGCCCAACAGGAUGCAUCUUGUGGUGGAUUCCUCCCAGGGGGCCGUGCUGAAGAUGCUGCCCUAUUUCGUGGAGAACGCUGUGCUAACCCAGAAAGAGAUAUGCCGCAUCCUGAGCGAGAGCUUCUUCAUGGUGAAGGGGGCGGCUCUCUUCCUGCAGCAGGGCAGUGGGCCCCAGGGCCAGAGGGCACACCCCUACCACAAGCACGCAGGAGACUUACCUCAGCACCUGCAGGUGAUGAUAAACAUUCUUCGCUCGGAGGACCGAAUUAAACUGGCGGUGCGUCUGGAGAGCGCUUGGUCGGACCGCCUGCGCUACAUGGUGGUGGUGUACACCGGCGGCUGCCAGGACACCGAGGAGAACAUCCUGCUGGGGAUGGACUUCACCAACAAGGACAGUAAAAGCUGUUCCAUCGGCAUGGUGCUUCCUCUGUGGAGCGACACCAAGAUCCACCUGGACGGAGACGGGGGUUUCAGCGUGAACACGGUCGGUCGCUCUCACGUCUUCAAGCCCGUGUCGGUGCAGGCCAUGUGGUCGGCCCUCCAGAUCCUGCACAAGGCGUGCGAGGUUUCCCGCAGGUACAACUACUUCCCCGGGGGCAUGGCGCUCACCUGGACGGGCUUCUACGAGAGCUGUGUGUCCUCGGAGCAGAGCUGCAUCAACGAGUGGAAUGCCAUGAGAGACCUGGAGACCGCCAGGCCAGACUCACCCACCAUGUUCCUGGACAAGCCUUCAGAGAGGGAACGGACAGAGUGCCUUAUCAAAGCCAAACUCAGAAGCAUCAUGAUGUGCCAAGACCUGGAGAACGUCACCUCCAAGGAGAUCCGCAGUGAGCUGGAACACCACAUGAGCUGCAACCUCAACGAGUACAAGGAGUUUAUCGACAACGAGAUGCUGCUGAUCCUGGGCCAAAUGGACAAGCCCACGCUCAUCUUCGACCACCUCUACCUGGGCUCGGAGUGGAACGCGUCCAACCUGGAGGAGCUACAGGAUACGGGGGUCGGCUACAUCCUCAAUGUCACGCGGGAGAUCGACAACUUCUUCCCAGGAACCUUCUCCUACCACAACAUCCGCGUGUACGACGAGGAGGCCACCGACCUCCUGGCUCACUGGAACGAGACGUACAACUUCAUCGUCAAAGCCAAGAAGAGCCGCUCCAAGUGUCUGGUCCACUGCAAGAUGGGCGUGAGCCGCUCAGCGUCCACCGUGAUCGCCUACGCCAUGAAGGAGUACGGCUGGUCGCUGGAGAAGGCCUACAGCUUCGUCAAGCAGAAGAGGAGCAUCACGCGGCCCAACGCCGGCUUCAUGAGGCAGCUGGCCGAGUACGAGGGCAUCCUGGACGCCAGUAAGCAGCGCCACAACAAGCUGUGGCGUCCAGACUGCGAUCUCACCGACGACCAGGCGGGGGCGCCCUGCUGCGGGGGCGAGGAGGCGGGCCCCCCGACCCCCGAGCCGGGCAUGUCCCCCUGCUGUGACGAGGCGCUGAGCGACAAGGCCUCGUCCCGCCUCUCGCCCCCCUGCAGAGCGGUCAGCCUGGCAGUCGACCCCGCCUACAACAACUACUACUUCCGCCGGCUGUCCGACUCUGCACUGGACAGCGAGCCGUCCACGCCGGUGCGCGGGCCUCCUCUCCUGGACGUGGACCGCGUCUUCAUCGAGAUCGAGGACGUGGAGAGAGACGCUCUCCUGGACGACGAGGCCUUCGAGGGGCGCGAGGGACCGCCGCUGCCCCACUUCGGGGCCUCCGGGGAGGGCACGGCCGCCCAGACCUGCACACGGGGCCCGGAGCCCCUGGAAGAGCUACGGCUGCGUCUGGAGUUCAGCACGGUGGAGGAGGAGGACGAGGAGGAGGUGCAGAAGGAGGAGGCGGAGAUGGAGGCCCUGAUGCAGCCUGGCGGAGGAGGAGGAGGAGAGGGCGAUGGAGAGGAGGAGAUGGUUCAGGAUGUGGAGGAGGAGGGGGAUAAGGAGAGCAACGAGAUGGACAUGGCAACCCUCAAUCGCCUCGGCAACGAGAACUCCAACAACAACAACAACAGCCGCAUGCAUCCUUUCCUUAACUUCACCCCUGCCGCUGCUGUGAAACCUGCUCCUGCAGUCCAGCCCUCCGCCCCGUCCAGAGCCCACAGCAAGCCCAGGACCGCAGGGGUUCCCCUGGCCCCGGGGCCGGCCGCUCCUCCCUGCAGGGGGCCUGGCUCUCAUCCCUGUGUCUAUUUGGAGACGUCUCGUGCCAAGCUCCCCUUCUCCCCCACCCCUCCUCCUACCCUCCCUCUCCCCUCCACCGCCCCCCCUACCCUCCCUCUCCCCUCCACCGCCCCCCCUACCCUCCCUCUCCCCUCCACCUCCCCAGACAGCGCCUGCUGCACCGCGCGAACGCCCUGGGACCCCCUGUGUGACAAUGCCAACAGUGCUGCCGUGCUCUCUCAAGCCCCAGCAGACGUCUGCAGGGACUCCCCCCUCACGGAGCCCCUCCCCGUGCCUGAGUACCAGAGGCUGGUCCCGGAGGAGGAGAGGCCUGCGCCGGCCUGCAUCCCGGCCCAGCAGACGCCCCUGCUGGAGGGUCAGAGGUCCGGCUUGGUCCGGCGCACGGCCCAGAGACUGGAGAGGCUCUCCGGGGCGUCCCAGGACGGGCCGCAGCCUCUGGACCCCCACCCGGCGACUUGGGAGCCCCCCAGCGGAGGAGAAGAGGCUCCGGCAUCCUCUGCCUCGCCGAGAGGCCCCUUCCCUGAGCCCCUCGCCUCACCAGUGCGCCUGGACCCCCUGCUGGCUCCCUCCGGGGCGCAGACGCCCGCCUCGUCGCCCCACGGCGCCGCCCUGACGCGCAGUUCCAGCAGCGACAGCCUGCGCAGCGUGAGGGGCACGCCUGGUCUGGUGCGCCAGCGGGCGCAGGAGAUCGAGAUGCGCAUGAGGCUGGCGGGCCUCACCCUGCCCUCGCGCCUCAAGCGCUCUAACUCCCUGGCCAAGCUGGGCAGCCUCACCUUCUCCUCCGAAGACCUCUGCUCCAUCUGCUCCCUGGACGGGGGGGGGGGCCUGUUGAUGCUCUCGCCCGAACCAGAGGCCCCCAGCCCGGACUGGCCCAGCCCCCUCCAGGGCCCCCCUUCUGCCACCUCCGGCCCCCUGAGGAGCCCCCCCAGGAGCUGACAGGAAGGACGGAGGCCCACUCCUCCACCCACUCCUCCACCCAUCCCUCCACCCAUCCCUCCGUCUUUCUCCCUGAGCUGGAGAGUGUCAGAUCACAGAAGAGGAAGAGAGACCGUUUCCCAAAACACAGGUGUAUAUAAAGAAGCGUGUUAGAAAGUUAGGGGAAAAAAAAUAUAUAUAUAUUAAUAUAAAUCCACAUUAUAUUUAAGAAAAUAUCCAAAUAUGCCCUGCUUGGAGGUAUAUUGGUGAACGGCUGUCAUUGCAUGGAGUUUGAUGAAUGUGUUUGCAAAGGUAAACCUCAAUCUGAAGAUCUGAUCUCCAGUCAGUCCCUGACCAAGUCCCUUCUUGUUCCUGCAUCAGUCCAGCUGUCCAGAGAUCAGCUUCUCUGCUUCCUCAUCAGAGUCUUCAUCACACCACGACUUCCUGGAUCUUCACAUGACCUGACGUGAUUGUUAUGUAACCAUUCUACCUCUGGGACAUCACAACGAUCUUCAGCUAGGUCAGGCAGCUGGCAAAAGCUCUCGUCUCCUCACAAGGGCUGUCGUUAACCCUCGUGCUGCCUUCGGGUCACAUGACCCAAAGGUUCACAACGAACCAUCGUUGUGUUUACCCAAUUUUACCCUAUACAAAAACAAAUAAAAAUAAUUUUCUUUUAACCAUUGCAAUGUGGGGGGUCUGAGACAGCCCGACAGUUAAAAGAAAAUGCUUCACUUUGUUUUUGUAUGAGGUAAAUUUGUCGCAAUACGACAGUGGGUCACAAUGACUGAUGGGUCAGAAUGACCCGAAGAUAACACAAGGGUUAAGCUGGCUGGACUAGUGCUGACCUUGUGUGUGCUGUUCCAGGUCUCUAGGGUGAGGAGAGGAGAGGGCUGGAUCCACUGAAGCUCUUUACUUUGACCGCUUAUUGGUCUCCACUUGCCUGUGUCAUUCCCUUUAUUAAAUCUCAGACUUGUUCUUUGAACUGAGCUGCUGAAUCGAGUUUGGAGGUGAAGGGAGCGACUGUCCGCCUCUCUGAGGCUGUAGAGACGGCGUUCCUCUGAUCUCUGCUCGGAGGCUACCCCCCCUCAUCCAGAGGCAUGCGUGCUUCUGCCAGUUCACCCCCUGCACCCCGCCUCCACGGAGAGAUAAACACAAACUUUUAUUAUGCAACAUCUUCGCUAAUUUGCCAUUGAUUUGUCAUCCCUUUUUAUACUUUUUUUUAUACUUUUUUUAUGUUUAGAGUUUCUGCGUAUCUUUUGUUUUAUUGCAUGAGGGUGAUUAAAUGGUAACUGUGAACUAUUUAUGAGAGAAACUUUAAACACAUGAAUAGGUUCAUAUUUCACAUUAAUUUCUUCCACACGUAGGCGAGCACAUGAAGUUUGUACUGUAUGUAAAUAUGUAUGUAUAUUUGAAGAUGCUACUUCUGUAGAUCACUAUGUGUGUGUUCAGUCUGACAGCACAGACCCAGUUCUUCUGAGAACACACUCACGGUCUCCACAAACGACACCGAUUUUAAUCACUUAUAUUGUGAGUGUUUGUACUGUGUGUGUAUGUAUGCUACUGUACAUAUGCUAUUCGAAUGGAGCCUGUCAGAGGAAUUUGAUGGGAUUUAGCUGUUGCGAUAAUAUUUCGGUUGGAUUGGCCACUUGAAACAUCCCAGAGAACUGAAGAACACAGAAAAAUGAUAAUAUUUCUCAUGAAUAUUAUUUUUCUCAUAUGCGAGCGUUCUUCAGAAAAACACAGAAAGGGAUGUAUGCUGUUUAUAAAGGAGAGCUUUUCUACCUGCCUGAUUUUGACCCCACUUCCAAGUUCAGGACCAGGAUUUGAUUUCUGUUCUCCUCUCUCUCUCUCUACUUUCUCUCUCUCUCUCUCUACUCUCUUUCUCUCUACUCAUUAUUUGCUCUCACUCUCUCUCCUCUCUCGUUUCUCUCUCUCCAUCUCUUCUCUGUUCUCUCUCAGAGCAGAGACAGAGUGCCGGCCAGGCCGGUGCCUCCGUACAGCAGUGCUGUUCUGAGAUGUUAGUGCAAUACGCACUCGCACUCCAAAUCGAGCGUGUGCCAAUACGACGUCAUCGGGUCAGGACGAAUGCCAGCCUGUGUUCAGCGUGUUGCCUGAGGGCCUUCUGCCUCCGGGUGCUUGUCCGAAGGGGGGUUGGUGUGUGUGUGUGUGUCCGACCGCCGUCAGUCCAGCUCUGUAGAGGCUGGAUCCAUGGACGUUAAAGUGCCUUACCUGUGAGACCGGAGGCAUGGAGAGACGCACGAGGCGGCGACAGGGCGCUUCGAGGGAAGAGGCUAGUUAGGAGAGAUAGCACUCCUGUUAGAGCGUUGGUCCUGCGUUUUAUCGUUUUUUUUUUUUUAUCUGUUAUGUUUAUUUGUUUUUAUGAUUUGGAUUGUUUUCUCCAGUGACUGAGGAGAAACAGCAUUCUGAAGCCUGGUGGUCAACCUUCAAGCCUCCCUAACAGAUUAUUUAGAUGUGAAGAAGCAAAACAAACUGAAUCGUCUCGUGGACUAGCGUACCCGCGAGGCUUGCCAAGAUUUCAAACUCUUUUCUGCUCUUCGGAAUAUGGGAGGAGACCAGAGUUCCAUGGGGGCUUUUUCUCUCUCUCCCUCCACAAAUUAGAGAUAUGAAUCCAUCCAAGCUGUUUAGAUAGAAUACAAUAUGUGAAACCAUGUCGUCAAUUAGCUAUGUAUGUCAGUGAGCUGUUAUAUCGCUGUCGUGCUGCUUCACAAGGGUCUGAUGGGAGAGACGCGGUACUGUCUAGUUACAAUGGAGACACAAUCAAACUAUGAGCAGGUCGGACAGGGGAGGGGGUUCAUAUCAUUUGUAAAGCAUUAUGUCCAACUGAUGUGACAAAGAUGUUUGUGGCUAGCCGGUAGGUCACCCCACUGCUUUUUGCUACUGUUUCUUUUUAUAUUUAAGUAUGCAGUAACCUUUUUGUACUGUACAUUUGCUGUAGUUUGAAUGCAUAUUGCACUUUUUUACAUUUGUUCGAGUAAUGUAUUGUAUGUGUUUAUUAUGGAAAUAAACGUUUUUAAUAAACGUC